AUGCGGAUGCCCGCUGCUCCCGUCAUCGUCGCCGCUGCAUCGCCCGACGCCGCCGUUGCAACAUCCGUCGCUGCGGAUUCCCGACCGACUGCUGCUUCUUCUGCCACGGCGUCGCCUGUCAAUGUGCUUCACGACGCCGCGUCCGACGGAUCCGAACCUUAUUCGUCUUACUCAUCAUCACCCUUCAUGUCUGUGAGGAGAGCAACCAACAACACGGGAACCAACAACGCUGCCGCUGCAACCAACACCAACAGCACCAACAGCAGCACCAGCAUCGGCACCAACAGCGCCAACGCCAACACCAGCACCAGCACCAGCACCAGCACCAGCGUCGAGCCGCGCCAUCCUACUCACCGCCGUCUGGCCCCGGCUCCACCGCCACCUCCACCGCCAACUGCCGCCAACAGCCGCCAUCCCGACGCCCUCAGAUUCCCGCCGUCGCCAUCGCCAACACCAUCGCAUCCAACCCUCACCAGCAGCAGCAGCAACUACAGCAACGCAAGUCACACUGCGUCCGAGAGGCCGGCAUGUCGUCCCGCCGCCCCCAAGCCCGGCCAGUGUCCCGUCAUGGCAUUACAGAACGUCCUGUGCGAUGACGACGUCGAUGCAGAUGCAGAUGCAGAUGCCGCACGCCGAACCGCAUCACGCCCGAGUCAGCCCCCGACGCCGCCCAUGAUGCACGAUGUUUCCGUCUCCAUCUUGCCCGUCCCCGUCCCGCAUCCCGCUGCGAGUCAUGUUCUGCCUCCGGGCCCGAUGCCCUCGUCAUUAACUCUCAAUCCCAUCCUGUCCGGACAUGAUGGCCCCGACCCCAUGAUUGUCGCCCGGCCAAACCCUUCUCAUGUUGUCAUGACUGCCCGUCCCCAACUACAGCCCCGUGUUCAGCCGACCGAUCCCGGCUGCAAGACGUGCCAAGUCCGCAAGAUGCCGUGCGACGAGAGCCGGCCAACGUGUCUAAAUUGCUCGCGCAUGGGCAUCAACUGUUUGGGCUACCACGACUCGCCGCCGAGUCAUGUCCAAAUGACACAGCCGUCGGACCGUCCCGUGCCGGGGCCGUCCGUGGUCUCCAAUACAAGUACCUCUAAUGGCAACGCCAGUGCCAGCCGCCAGGAACAAGAGGAGUAUCUUUACUACCUUCUGGACCACUACCGCCACACUAAGCGUCACUGCAUGUGGGAUCUAAUCACUCUCGACUUCAACGAGCACUUCCAGGCCAAGAUGCGCAAGGAGGCCUUGCAGAUGAUCAAGCGGAGGCGUUUCAAGGACAGGGAGUGA